UACAGUGGGAGAGCUCGGCUGCCCCGCGGUUGCCACCAUGGCAGCGGCUGGGGGCCCCGGAGGCGGCGUUGACAGUCCGGUGGCGACGGCAGGUAACCGACAGCUGAAGUACAUCAGUUUAGCAGUCUUGGUGGUGCAAAAUGCCACCCUCAUCCUCAGCAUUCGCUAUGUGCGCACUUUGCCAGGGGACAGAUUCUUUGCUACCACAGCGGUGGUUAUGGCUGAAAUUCUAAAAGGAAUCACCUGCCUACUGCUCAUCUUCAUUCAGAAGCAAGGUAAUCUGAGACAGUUUGCUGCCUCUUUGUAUGAUUCCAUUUUGGUACAGUAUAUGGACACUCUCAAGCUAGCAGUGCCUUCUCUCAUUUACACCCUCCAAAACAAUCUGCAGUACGUGGCCAUCUCUAACCUGCCAGCAGCUACCUUCCAGGUCACCUACCAGCUGAAGAUCCUCACCACAGCUGUCUUCUCGGUGCUGAUGCUCCGCAAGAGCCUGUCCAGUCUUCAGUGGCUGUCCCUCAUGCUUCUUUUUGCCGGUGUAGCCAUUGUCCAAGUGGAGCAGCAGCAGGCAGGGGGCAAGCCAGCCCCCAAGGGCCAGGGGAUGCAACAAAGCUACAUGGUGGGACUUGUGGCCGUGGUGGUGUCCUGCCUCUCAUCCGGCUUUGCUGGGGUCUAUUUUGAAAAGAUCCUCAAGGGCAGCACAGCCUCGGUUUGGCUACGUAACGUCCAACUGGGCAUCUUCGGGACCUUGCUAGGGCUGUUGGGGCUGUGGUCCACUGAGGGGGCAGCUGUAGCUCAGCAUGGAUUCUUCUUUGGCUACACCCCACUGGUGUGGGGAGUGAUCCUGAAUCAGGCUUUUGGUGGCCUCUUGGUGGCACUGGUUGUGAAAUACGCCGACAACAUCCUCAAAGGCUUUGCCACCUCCUUCUCCAUUGUGGUGUCCACCGUGGCUUCUAUCUACCUCUUUGACUUCCACCUCAACCUACUGUUUGCUCUAGGAGCAGGCCUGGUCAUAGGGGCUGUCUAUCUAUACAGCUUGCCCAAGGGACCAUUGUCCAGUCGAUCCCUGGUGGGUGCAGCUAUCCAGCAGCAGCAGGGCCAUGGAGCACAAAGCAAGGAACUUCCUUCCGUGACUACAGAUGGCUUCCUGACCAAGUCAGUACUGAUCAGUUGAGAAGAACAGAACACCUCCUGCAUUACCUGUCACUGGUUUCUUGUGAAGGUUCACAAAAUCUGGA